AGUUGCAGCAAUUUUGCUCAAGGGUAGCCCCUCAAGGACGACUUCUUCAGGAUGCUGCCGAGAGUUUUGAGAGCUUGUGGCACUGCGGUGCCAAAGGUCACAGGCUUCAAACAAAAAGCUCUGCGUCCACUUCUUUGUCCAGUGCAGCAGAGGUGCUUCUCGCUGUCUUCCGCAGCCAAAGUGGCCAAAGAUCUCCAAGCAGAGAUUGGGCACGAGGAGGAGCAGUAUCAGCAAGCCAAGGAGAUCAAAAAGUUCCUCGAUUCCUCCAGCUUCAAGUUCAAGGAGAAAGAGGGCGAUGUGAACAUGCAUUUGGAACGGGAAGUCGGAGACAAGCUGGUGAAAGUUGAAUGGCAACUGACCAGCCCUUUUGACCCUACUGCUGAUGUGGAGGGUGAUCAAGAGGGUGGUGAGGAAUACGAAGCCACCGACUUCUGCAUCACCAUUGAAAGCAAGAGUGGUGCUGGUGUGUCCUUCUAUUGCAGCACACAGACUGGAGAGGACCACCGAUAUGUGAUUGGAAAUGUGAAGUCCUUUGCAACCACAGAGGAGAAGGAAAGUGUGAGCUCUUACAACGGUCCAGAAUUUGAGGAUGUCGACGAAAAACUGCAGGAAAGCUUCGAUGAAGUACUGGCAGAGGUUGGUGUCAAUACGGAAUUGUGCGAUUUCAUCGACGCCAUGGCAUUGGACAAGGAGCAGCGAGAAUACAUCCGAUGGCUGAAGAAUGUGAAAUCCUUCAUGGAGUGAGAUGCAACCGUUGCUUCCCACGGCAGAGUAGGUCUAGCUCUACAGCUGGUGCGCAUGCCAGAAGCUCCCGAAGGUUUCUUGACGG